AUGGACGAUCAGAAGCUCCUGCCCCCUCUCGCGCGCGGCGACUCGAAGCGCGCAAACUUGGACAAGCUUUCGAUCCUCGAUCUACCGGGCGAGACUCGCAACCAGAUAUUCGGAUACCUGGUAGAACAUAAGGAUCCAAUCCAGAUCUCCUGCUCCUGCGGUCCUCUUGGCUAUAAAAAUCCACUCUGGCUCAGAUCCUGCGACUGCGCUCCUUCCCAACACAUCGGUGCGCUACUUCUGCGUCUCGGCAAACAAGUAUGGAUCCCCUUGAACCUGUUUGCAUCAUGUCGAACAUUGUAUCGUGAAGCAGUUUCAGCCUUCUAUUCUGGCAACACCUUCGCCAUGGAGAUCCGUCGUUACUGGUCUCCGCAUGCUAGAGCCUCUCGUGUCUAUGACAUCGAGUUGCCUAUUGCCUUUCUUACCCGAAUAGGCUCUCAAAUGCACUGGCUUCGGAGGGUUGUACUCGACCUCGAGAACCUUGACUAUGACACAAGUCGCUUACCACUUCUAUCACCACGGCGCAGUGGUAAGGAGCUUGCUGAUGUCGACGGCGGACCUGCGCUAUUCGAGAUCACUCCUCUCCUGCGUGCGAUAUGGAAGAUGGGGCCAACAGUCGACUUCUCAUUCCACCAAAAGAAGCGUUUACCAGAUCAAAGCAUGCGUGGGGUAUGCAACGCGCCAGGCAUGAGCGCUAUGCUUCGUUCGAUUCUAGAAGGCCAACUACGGCUACGAGAGCAGGAUCGGCUGUUGGGCGCCGUUUCCCUGUACCGAGACGGUUCCGGUGGAAAGAUUAGUUGGGGAAUCAGUAACCCCAAUCUCGAUGGCUGGUCCUUUGAACGUGGACGAGUUGCUUCCGACCACUAUUAUACGUCCACGUUUAUCGCAGAGGAUGGUGGAGCUAGAUUGGAGGUAAGCAAACGAGAGAAGCCGCUGGCCUUGCUGGAUCUUCCAAAACCCUUAUGCGACUAUAUAUUCAAUAUGGUCGUACACCCUCGCGAAAGCCAUCGGAUUGAUCUAGGCACGCAUACGAAGAUCGACUGUGGUCUGAUCAAUGUCAAUUGGGAAGUUCAUCGCUCGUGGCGCGAUCAACUGCUUUUCCACAACAGUUUCGAGCUAGUCUUGACGACAGACCGCGCGCGCACCGACUUCGACCAGUUCAACCACUUGCGGAGAUUGCUGAGGAAAACUUUCCAUACUGAUGGCUUCGACAUUCCGACGCGAACUGUCCUUGCCGGUCCAGGAGUGGACAACGAAUUGAAGUACAUUCUCAAAUUUGAGCUACAAGGUGCCAUAUCCUUGAGCGACAUCCGCAUCAGCAUCUUGCCAUUAGUCAUGGAGACAUCAACGGCUAGCGGAGAGGACGGAGUCACGAUCCAAGUUUGGGUUACCGACACAGAAGGACACUCUACCCUGGCCACCUCGCAUACCCUCACACUUCAGGAGCUGCGCUUGAACGUCAUCGCCGUCAUGAUGAAGACCUAUUACCUGGAGUCAAAAGCGCUGGCACCAGACAUCUGGAUCAACGGAUUCGGCGAAGUCGUGCAAGUCAACAACGUUGACGAACCUGUAGGAGGCGCUUGGGAACCAGCCUCUGAGCUUGUCCCAAUUGGCAACACCGAGGGAGGGUUUGUAGUGUGGAGGUUACAUCCUGUCGAUAUCCAUUAUCGAUCUGACGACAUCUUAUCGCAGAAGGCGGUUCUCUACGACGUUGCUCAAUUCUUCCCUUUCCGGCGCAAGGUCAGCGAAAUCUUACCUUAUCUCAUCAAGAUUGUUGAUCGAGCGGGACCGUAUGAGGCUGUACUUGGCGGGUAA